GGGAGAUGUGGUGGUGGAGCUGAGCAUGGACGAGCUGGGUCGCUGGCUGGCCGAGGCGGCGGUGCAGCUGAGCGCCUCCGCGCGCGCCGGCAUGUGGGCUGCUGCCGCGGCGGGGCAGCGGGAGCGGGCGGCGCUGCAGCGGCUGGGUGGGGAGCUGGCGGGGGCGGUGGCGGGGCUGGCACACGAGCAGGACACGUUCAUGCGGCAGCAUGCGAUCAAGGUGGAGACGCAGCUGGUGGAUCGCGCCAUGAGCCUGCUUCAGGAGCUGAGCCAGGCCCGCCGCGCCGCCCUGCGCUGCGCCGAGGACUGCCGGAGGGCCAUGGACAGCGCCUUCGCAGCGGCUCAGCGGCAGUACGCGGCGCAUAUCGACGAGCUGCACAACCAGCUGACGGUGGCGAGGACCAACUCCUCAAUCAUGCGCAACGAGCUGCAGAAGGCGGCGCUGGAGGCGCUGGUGGAGGUGCGGCGGGAGAUGCUGAGUCGCGCCUUCGCAUCGGGCGCCAUGCGGAUGUGCGACGAGGUGGGGCGCAUGCUGGCGCUGGAGGAGCAGCUGGAGCAGCAGCAGACCGAGAUCAUCGACCUGCAGCGCGCGCUGAUGAAGGCGCACGCCUGGUUCCGCAUGCGCACCGCCACCGUCACCACCGCCUGCAUCGCGGAGGUGGGGGCGGCGCGGGCGCGGGCGGAGGCGCUGGAGUCGGAGCUGUGGGAGGGACGGGAGCGGGCCGAGCUGGCGUUCGAGCAGAUGGGCGCGCAGCUGAGGGCGACGCAGGCUGACCUUGAAGCCGUGAGUGCGGGUGCCGCCCGCAACGCCUCCGACCUGCGCCACGCGCUCGCCUCCAACAAGCGGCUGCUCAAGUGGAAGAUCACCACCGCGCCGCGCAUGGAGGCGCUCAAGGUCCGCAUGGCGGAGCUGACGCGGCACCGAGAGGCGUGGCUGGAGUGGGUGCACAGCAAGCAGGGGCUGAUGCGGCACCUGGGGGCGCAGCUGCU